GUGUUUCUAAUGGCCGGCAGGAAACGAAAGAAAAGCAAAACAUCGAACUACCUGAUUUCAAUCGACCCGACUGACCUGUCGAGAGACGGAGGGAGUUACAUCGGCAAAGUGAGGUCCAAUGUGAUGGGUACAAAGUUCACGGUUUAUGAUCGAGGUGAGAAUCCAGAGAAGAAACCUUUUGUUAAAGAGAGUGAGACGAUCCGACAAGAGCUUGCAGCCGUCUGCUACGAGACAAAUGUUCUCGGGUUCCGUGGUCCGAGGAAGAUGAUUGUCAUCAUUCCAGCGAUGGACCUGGAGGAGAGAGUGACCAUCCGGCCCACGAACGAGAUGCAGACUCUGCUGGCUCGUCUCCAGAGUGGGAGCUGUGAGAAUCUGAUCCAGCUGCAGAACAAACCUCCCGUCUGGAAUGAGGAGACGCAGUCCUACAUACUGAACUUCCAUGGGAGAGUGAGCGAGCCGUCCAUCAAGAACUUCCAACUGAUACACAGAGAGGAGCCUGAAUACAUUGUGAUGCAGUUCGGACGCGUUGCUGAAGACGUGUUCACCAUGGACUACAGCUUCCCUAUGUGUGCACUGCAGGCUUUCAGCAUCACUCUGAGCAGCUUCGACAGCAAGAUAGCCUGCGAAUAAACAACCCUAAUCUCCCUCUCCUCCCAUCCCCUCGUCUCCCCUCAUCCCCUCUCCUCCCCUCCAAUCCCCUCCCCUCAUCCUCCCCCCUCCCCU